AUGGACUCGAUGAGGUCUCUCAACACCUCACUCCCCUCGACUCGACCUGCGCCCCCCGAACAACUCCUCCAAGCCUUUCGAACCGCUGCGCUCUCCGUCACAAACCUUUACAAGUCGGCAGUCACAGAUCAGAAUGCCAGCCGUCAAGCUGGGUACCAAGAUGCUUUGGAGGAUCUACUCAGUUUCCUGGAUAAAGAGAAUCUCGGUCUACAAGAUGGUGAGGGCUGGAGGGUGAGGCAGUGGGCGACGGAAAGAUAUGAGGGGUCUACCCACCACCACCAGAUCGAAAGCGACGACGAGAGAAGCGAAACCGGUCAAAGACAACGAGCCAUCUCCCCAGCAGUCGAACAACCCGUCUCGACCUCAAUACUACCUACAAGGGCAGAGUCGGGUACCCAAACCGAGGAGCCACAAAUUUCUCUGUCUCAGGAGCAACCGACGACGACACCCAUGUUUUACUUCAGCGGAAAUGCAGCCUCGACACCGCAUGACGAUAUGCAAACAGAUGAGGACAGUGGCGCGGCGCCAGAGCCCCAGGCCUCUUCGUCAACAUCAGGUAGUACGAGCCGAGCAACUUUUGUCAACAACCGAGGAAGUCGCACGCCCCAUCGAAGCAGCAAUCAAAGACACGGAACACGAUCAUCGACACGAGAGUUUACUUUCACAGCUGGUACGAAGCGCAAAUUCCAGAUACCCGACUUUUUUGACAUUUCCAACAUCGGACCGAGGGAAGGAUUCGAGAGCAGCAAGAAGGGGAGGAUUUCAUGA